AUGAAUUUUUUUAUAUUUCUCAUUUCAGUGUACUUCGAAGAUGAAACGUUAUCCCCGUAUGAAAGCGACAGUUUUGAGGACGAUGACUAUAUCCCUUACUUCGACGAGGCAUUGGACAAAUUCAGCACUCCCGAAAAGGUGUUCAGCUCAGAGACUGUGUUUGCGCCAAGUUUCCGAAAGCGUGCAUAUUCAGAAUCGGCUGCAAAGGUGACGUGCAGUUUGAGCGACAUACUCGAUCAGACGGACUUCUCGCAAAAAAGGGAGUCUGCGGAGCCUGUAUAUGGUGCCAAUCGCGUGUUCAUUACAGGCGAGGAAACGAAAAAUCCAGAUGAUCUUCGAAAAUUGAAAAAUGCGUGUUGCUCGACGUUCGCGGAACUAGGGACCAACGAGCUACUCAGCGACUCCAUAUACGAGACGUUCCUUUCAGACCUCAUACGUGGAUUCUAG